AUGUCAACACCAAGCACAACAUCUCCAACACCACCUCCUCGCAGACAUCAAACCACCAUGUUUUCCGUCCUUCCUCCUCCUCCAACAACAACAACAAGUACAACCACCAAUUCAUCCUCUUCCAAUAACAACACCUCUCCCACUCAUUCAUCAACAACAACUUCAUCCACCAAACCAUCCACAAAAUCAACUCUACCAAUAACAACAUCACCACAACAACAAAAAUCCUCUUCUUCUUCUGACAAAUCUCCAACAACAACAACAACAACAGGAACUUCUCCUCCAACCAUUCCCUCUCGAGUCGGUAGAGAACGAUCUGGUGGUAUGGUCAGCUCAAUUCCUCCUCCAUUACCACCACGUGCAAAUCUUCGAUCGAAAACAACGAUUGGAAAUUCGUCGUCUUCUUCUUCGUCCUCAACUGUGAACUCUGCCAACAACAACAACAUGAUCUCACAAAAUAUAAUUUCUGCAACAAAUAUUGGAAUGAGCGCUGGAAUGAAUAUUGGAAGUGGAGUCAUUACCAAUGGUCAUGAUGGUAAUGUGUAUGUGAAAUCAACAGUGAAGAGUGAAAAUAAGCCAGCAGUCACCAUUGUGCAUCGAGUGCCACAACCAUCCAAAGCAAGUAGUGACCCAAAUUUAACAGAGCUUAAGAAGGUAUCUAUUCAUUUGACCACAAGUGGUACCUCUAGUACUACUACUACUACUACAACUAGUACUACUACUACUACAACUAUGGAUGGGCCUUUGGAUUCAAAAACAAAGGACUCGCCACAAGUCACUCAUUCAGUAGCUGCUACCUCUUCAACAACAACAACAACACCACCACCACUGACCAACAAAUCCUCUCUUCCAAAAUUAAAUUUACAACAAGUGACAUCUCCCAGUGUGGGUAUCUCAACGAGCUCUCAAAAUUCUCCGCAACAACAACAACAACAACAACAACAGAAGAGAGAUACGGAAGAGUCGAUGGAUGACGACAAUUUAUCGGUUCAUGAAGAUGAAGGUGUGGCUGUACCUUCCAAAUUGCCACCACCUCCUCCACCUAGAAAGAAAGUAAAAACAGAAGAAGAAAAAGAAAUUGAAAGAAAAGAACUUCGUUGGGAGGUCAUUGCUGAAAUUAUUAAAACUGAAGAAAAUUAUGUGGAGGGAUUAAAUCACUUGGAGAGAUUUUACAUUAAACCUUUACGAGCAUUGGGAAGUGCCACACAACAUGUUAAGCCUGUAAUUACACAAAAAGAUUUAAGCUAUAUUUUUGACAAGAUGACAGUGAUUAAGAGUGUGAAUGAAGGAUUUUUAAAACAAUUGAAAAUGUUGGAUCUCAGUUUUGAAACACAGGAUGAGCCAGCAAAAUCCAUUGGAUUGUUUUUCAAAAGAACUCUACCCAUGUUUAAGGUUUAUACUGAUUAUGUGAAUAAUUAUAAUAGUAUUGCAACAAGAGUGAAAGACAUGAUGAAAGAGAAUCCAAGUUUUGACAGUUAUAUGAAUGAAAUGGAAAGAAAUGCUAGAAAACAAGGGAAAGUUGGAUUCUUUUCAUACAUGAUUCAACCGGUUCAACGUUUACCAAGAUACACCCUUUUGGUUAAUGAAUUACUGAAACAUACACCUGAAUCGCAUCCAGAUUACAAAAAUCUAUGCGACGCUUCUGAGCUAUCUAAACAAGUUAGUUCUCAUGUAAAUAGUGCCAUGAAUGUACUUCAAAAUCAAUUGAAAAUGACAGAAAUUAAUUCUUCGAUACUGAAAUUGGAGGAAAGUAUUGGAAGUACAUUCAUCAAACCAAGUAGAACAUUUGUGUUGGAAGGAGAAGAUUUCCUAGUAUCAGAAUAUGCACUAGGAAAGAAAGCUAAAAAAGCCAACAAGUGCACCGUCUAUCUCCUAAGUGAUUUGAUUCUAAUUACCAAGAAAGGAAAAUAUUCCAAUCAUGUCUAUUUGAAAAAUGAGCUCAAUAUGUCAACCUUCAGACAUCCUUGGAUUUUCUACGAUUUGGAGAACAACAAACAAGCAUUUGAAAUCAUUUCAGAGGAAGCGACCUAUGUCAUUGCCUGCCCUACUGCCAUUGCAUGCAAUGAAUGGAUUGAAAAAAUCAAUCAGAAUACUUGCUGCAAUGCUGCUCCAGGAAAAGAAAUGAGAGCCACCGAUUAA